UUUUUUUUUUCUUCUUCAAGAAACAGGUGUAGAGCGGGGGUAUUCAGGCUUUCAAUGACGAGGCGCCCUUCCAUUAAAGCAUAUAAAAGGAUAUACAUAUGAUUGUAGAUAAGUAGAUAACGCAUAGAAAUCAAGUGGCCGAUACAUAUCGGAACUGAAAAAGUUAGGUCUGGAGGAGAUCGUGGCUUACGAUGGGGCGGAGAAAGUUGGAGAUGAAGCGAAUCGAAGACAAGAGUAGCAGACAAGUGACGUUUUCAAAGCGUAGAUCAGGGUUAAACAAGAAAGCGCGGCAGCUUUCCGUUCUCUGCGACGCUUCUGUCGCCGUCGUCGUCUUCUCCUCCAAUGGCAAGCUUUAUGAAUAUUGCAGCGGCAGUACGAACAGAGUGGAGGAUAUCAUUUCCAGGUAUCAUAAAAGCAGCAUUGAUGCAGAAGAGGGAACCACCCAAGAAGGGGCUUGCCAAAAUAUGGGAAUUAACAACACGUGUACAAGAUUCCAAACAUGCAAUGAGCUUCUACACUCAGUAAGAAGGCUUGAUGAAAAAGGGAAUGUCAUCUCUGUUAGUGACAUGACAGAGCUAGAGGAGGAACUUAGUGCUGCUCUGAUGCAUACACGUGCUAGAAAGACACAGUUAAUGAUGGAGCGAAUAUCAAGCUUUCAUGAACAGGAAAGGAAAUUAAGCGAGGAAAAGGAAGAACUGAAGCAGCAGGUAAAUAUCUUAUUAAUCUUCUGUAAAAAAGGUUUUAUAAUAUUAGUUGUGUAUACUGGAGAAUUGGUAUUAAUCGAGAACAAUCCACGUAGCCUAUAUUAGUUGGUCCAUGUGAACCAAAAAAUAUUAGCCUAAAUUUGCAGUAUCCGGUUACCACUAGGGGUCGAGCAUUAAUUUGUCUUGUGCUUAGCAUUGGUUGGUCCAUGUGUCGUUAUGUAUCUAAACAACUCUUGAAAGGUUUUAUAAUAUCAUUAAUAUUUCCAUUUGCUCAAA